AUGCACCCAGCAGCCAGUAGCUUUCCCCCGGACGAGGAGCCCCUGAUCGAGGAGCCAUCGGUGAACAGAUACAGCCAGCAAAGGCCAAGCGACCGCUUACAUGGGGCCUACGUUAUUUUUUUCCUCCUGGGCAUCGGGUCCCUGCUGCCCUGGAAUUUUUUCAUCACGGCAAAGCACUACUGGAUGUACAAGCUGCAAAACUGCUCGGAUCAGGCAGGCCCGGCAUCUGAUCUGCGGGACUUUUUUGAGAGUUACAUCUCCAUCGCUUCGACUGUGCCCUCGGUGCUGUGCCUGAUCGGAAACUUCUUGCUCGUCAACAAGGUGCCUGCCAGCGUCCGGAUCCUGUCCUCCCUCUUCGUCAUGCUGGCCGUCUUCCUAGUGAUCACGAUGCUGGUGAAGGUCGACACCUCCGCCUGGACCACCCACUUCUUUGCCCUCACCAUCGGCUGUGUGGUUGUUGUCAGCAGCGCCUCGACCAUCUUCACCAGCAGCAUCUUCGGCCUGAGCAGCCGCUUCCCCAUGAAGAACUUGCAGGCGCUGAUCUCGGGUCAGGCCAUGGGCGGCACAAUCAGCGCCAUUGCCUCUGUGAUAGACCUGGCGGCAGCAGCAGACGUUACGGACAGUGCCUUGGCCUACUUCCUCACUGCCGACAUCUUCAUCGUCAUCUGCAUCAUGGUGUACCUACUCCUUCCCAGGCUGGAGUACUCCAGGUAUUACAUGAGCAGCCAGGAGAGCCCAUCUCUGGCCACUGUGCUGCCCGACAGCUCCACGGAGGAUGAGGCAGAGCCAGGAGUCACCACAAAUACCUCCUUCCUCACAAAAAGCACUGGCAUCCCCCCGCUCCGCCCCAUCCUGCAGAAGACCGCCCUCCUCGGCUUCUGCCUCUUCUAUGUCUUCUUCAUCUCCAUCAUCAUCUUCCCUUCUCUCUCCUCCAAUAUUGAGUCGGUCAGCAAGUCUUCGGGAAGCCUGUGGAGCACCAAGUACUUUGCGCCGCUCACCAGUUUCCUCCUGUACAACUUUGCUGACUGGUGCGGGAGGCAGAUCACUGCAUGGAUCCAGGUGCCUGGCCCCAAGAGCAAGCUGCUGCCUGUCCUUGUCCUCCUCAGGACCAUCUUCGUCCCUCUCUUCAUCCUCAGCAACUACCAACCCCGGGCUCACAUCCGGACGGUGGUCUUCAACCAAGAUGUCUACCCGGUGGUCUUCACGGCAUUGCUGGGGCUGAGCAACGGCUACCUGGGGACACUGGUCAUCAUCUACGGCCCCAAGAUCGUGCCGAAAGAGCUGGCCGAGGCAGCAGGGGUGGUGAUGACAUUUUACCUCAUGCUUGGGCUGGCUGUGGGGUCUGCCUGCUCCGUUCUCGUUGUCCACCUUGUGUAG